GCGUCUCCAUCUAUGUACUCCCUUUUAGCGUUUUGCACUUUUGCCGGAUAUUACUUGCAGCAGACAGCAUCUGCGACCUUCUGGUAUUGUCUGCCUAGCUCAGCAGACCCUUUGACCGAAUGCUUGGAGUCCUUUUAGGGCCCUCCCCACAUCCAACCCCACAACCAAUGGCAGGCCACUGAUUAAUGAUCACAACUCUUCUGCGUUCAAUGUUUAAAGCUAGCCAUGAUCCCUUCUAAGGAGAAAGGGUUACAGUGUAAUUGUAGCCUAAAUUCUUUUCGCGAUUUUAAUUGUUCGUCUACUUGUGGUUUUGGGGUUGUACACAAGUGGGCCUCCUGGCCUAAAGUUACUGCCGAUCGUCUAUUAAUUUUACGCCACCAACCCGUAAACCCAACCAACUAGUUAUGUCCGUUUCUCCUUUUAAUACUUGAGUCUUCAAGCGAUUCGUGUCUCACUGUCGGUUUCCCGUGAAUUCGCUAGAUAGUGCACAGCUGAGCUAAACCUGACAGGCCCUGUCCUCCCAGGGUUCCUGACUCCCAAGACACUGAUUGGACUAACUCUAGGGAACUUUGCACCCAGAGUCAAAAAAAUAAACCGUACAGUUUUCUGCUGGCGAAACUAACACAACAUAGUAUAGCGCGUCAUGUCGCAGGCUGCGUUAGGACAAUCUUUCACCGCAAAAAGCGCCUGCGUUUGGCCGUUACAAGCAGCGGAGACAACCGUCGUCCUGAAAAGGAUGCGCUGGUGACUUGUCUACGCAUUUGUUCAUAGUAGAGUAUAUUUGCGUGGUACCUAACUCGCUCUCUUCAGACAUCCGCCAUGCUCAACUAGCAGGGCAAUGAUAAGACUGCCGAGGACGCACUUUGGCAGAAGGACUGAUAAAGCUAGGGAACCCCCUGGCGCGUCUCGCACCUGACCUGAUUCCUGACUCCGCAAGAAUCCUGUUUCGGGGAAGGGCGUUGUCCUCAGACCUCCCAUUAGGAAUUCGACUAUAACAAGGGAUACACUAAGAUGGAGUGCUGUGCAACCCCCCUCAGCUGGCAACCACCCAAUCAACUGGGACGAUUUGCCAUGAAUAGGAAUGCCCGUUUUCUUGCCCCAUGCACUUGCAGACUGUCUGAUUCAAGCCGCCUAGUAAUGAGAUUGGGCUCAGUGACUGGCAUGGCGUAAGCUUCCACGUAGCGAUUGUCAUGUACGUCACUAGUUGAGAGUUCAAAUAGUCAACACAGCCCGUACGGAGGCCUGAGCAUAAUUACCUAUUAAAGGCGGUAGCUGCCCUAGUUUUGUAAAGCAUUGCCCCGUGCUUUAUGAUGGUCUGUUUUUCGUGUCUUCUCGCACUCCAGCGCAUUCGCACGAUGCCGUCUCCUCUGCCGCCCACCUUCUGGCAACCGCCAAAUUCGCCCUCUUGGCGCACAGUGGUAAUCCCGAGACCGCUGGCCGAAACCUGUUCUCCCUCGAACCCCUUCUUGCCGUCCCCGCCAGCAGUCAACAACUUCUACGACGAAAGCCCUACCUGGACGUCUAUAGGGAUCCAAUCCCUUUUUCAGAGGCACACGUCGCUCAAAGCAUCACAGAAAGACUGCGAACUCGCGUCCAGGAGGUCCUCUGCGAGUGGCCGGAUCACCCAGCCCUUCUGAAGGUCCUUUCGCACCCCGUCCUGCAUUAACUUUUUCCAGAUAUUAGGAGAACUUAAUGCCAGUUUAUACUCAGCUUCUUCGCUUUUAGCCUUAUAAAAAGCAUUGAUUACCAGUAAACCUGUUCCGUGCCCAUAAACCUAGUCUCCAGUAGACGUGCUGUCUCAUGCAAUGUUAACCAAAACUCUCAAAUGUGUUUUCCAUUCGAAAAGACUACUUGAGUGGGGUUGUGCGAUUAAUUAUCGUGCAGCAAAUUAUUUCUUUGCAAAUUUUGUACUUGAGGAAACGGUAUCUUUCUGUUUUAGAAAACCUCUUCGAUUAUCGAAUAAUUCUAAACCCAAUCCGCCUCUGUAUUUGCAUUAAAGGUCUCCAACCUACAAGUUGUAUAUUUUUCUGUAAGGAAUAUCAUACAUUUAUAGAUACCACUAAGAAGAUGCCAUAUAGGGUCAUAAAAUACUGCAAUGGAUGUGGACUAUGUCGUAUACUUUAUAAGCAGCAUUAAUGUAUGGACGGAUACUAUGCUUAAUGAGUUGAUCCUUCACGGUCCUAAUAAUCACACUGGAAGCUUUUCCAAAACCAAAAGCUUCCCCUCCUUCGAGUAUCAAAUUUGACGAAGACGUUACUUGCCAACAAAUAAGCACGAAAAAAUAAUGCAUUUUGCGUGUUUCCUAUAAAAUAUAUUUAAAUUUAUAAAGACAUUGAAAAUUAAUAUAAAAAUACAUACUAGUUAAAUAGCCAUUUUCUACCAAGGGACUUUUUCCAGGCGGCCGAGAAGAACCUGAUUUAAAAGCCCUCACCGUGGUCUGACUAAAAUACCUUUGAAUUAUGCUGCACGAUAAUUAGUAUUACAACCCUUCUUGAAUUAUCUUUUUUAGUCUAAGACACGUUUCAGAAUUCCAGUCAGCAUUUCAGGGGAUAGUGGGUAAGUGGGGGUUUAAACAUCCAAAUUUGUUCAUUCACCCUGGGUUUCGCACUCGAAAUUUCAAUUUUAGUCGGUUUCUUGAAAGCGAGUCGUUUUUCUGUUUCGCUGGAUUCUGUCCACCAAGCCAUGGAACUAUGCCCGAAUUCCAUGCUUAAUCCCCCCCCCAUUCUUCUACAGAUAUUGGUUAUCAUCAAAAGAAUGGGAGCUUUCUCAAUGGGUGACUGUCUCAUGAAGUACAUUACUGCCUUUGAACUGCUACUGACGGAGAUUCAGGCAAGUCCAUCUAUUCGUCACCUCUCCUUCCAUUUGCCUUAACUUUUGCUUCUGGACUGCCUUUACACUACUACGUGAAGGCACACUUUUAUCGCGAGUUACCGCCUAUGCUUUUCCCUCUGUGUAAUGCUGUCUCCGUCAGGAAUGGGAGAAGAACGCCGCAGCCUAUGUCUCCCUGUCCGAAUUGUUCCAGGCCAUCUGUGACAUGCUUGUGGACUGGCGCAAAACGGAGCUGAAGUAAGUUGCCUCCCAUUGUCCGCUCUUUGGAUGCUCUACUCUUACGUCUUUGCAUGAAGUCCUUUCUGGUUUAUUUCGUUGACAUUCGCUGUAAUGCUUUGGGCGAGCACGAUCACAUUAGCACCCGGACGAUGAUUCGCACGAUUGACCUCCACUUUCUCCUUUCGCCGGGUCUGGCUUUUGUAUUCAUCCUGCUCCUCACUUGAUUGGUAUACACAGCAUUCCCUAGAGAGAAGCGUCUGUUUCGUUCGCCACCAGAAUCAGUAGCAAUGGCAGUUGUCAGCACAGCUUAUAGGUGAAUGGACCUUAAAAGUAAAUCUAGGUCUGUUGUCGCAGUCUACGUACACUGCGUCAAGGGCCUUUUCUGCGGCUUAUGUUAGCUGUGUACAGUGUAUGUGAGUCAACUGAAUUGAGGUCUCUGGUUGAUGGACGGUGUAUGCCCGAGCCCCUAAAGACGUCUCCCCUUAACCUUUCUUUAGCGCGCCUGACCCGUCAUUACAGGUAUGGACACGAAUACCUUAAGAGCCCUUCGAGUUUGAGCUAUACCCAUGCCAAUUAAGGGGCAUGAGUUAAGGUAGAAUUGAGUAAUGCAACUCGAAAACAUCGUCUCUGCGAAGGGACCUCCACAGAAAUAACCCAAAACUCCGUUAAUCAUGUUUUCAAGUCUAAGAAAAAUUCCGUAUUAUGCUUCCAUUGUAAUGUAACUAAUUUCCAAGCUUAUGCUUUUUCACUAAGUUAAUGCUAUUUCGGUGUUCGUCAUGGACAGCAGUCUGAUUCACCAAGACCCAUGGGGGUGCUGUCGAUAAUAAUGCAAAAAGUUUAUUCCCAGUCGAAUUUAGUUUAAACGCUGUCCAGCUCGCCACUAUUACGUCUCAAUAUGCUAUGGGAUUGCUAAAUCCCCGCAAAUCACUUCCUUUAGCCGACGAAAGGGAAGCUUUGUGUUUCUGCUCCAGAGGCUCUUAAAAGGCUAAGUGGACAACCUCUACCUACUUAAGCAUUUCUCUUCCCUCUGUCCUGUAGACUGGAAGUCUCGCUCUGAGGUUUGCCAAAUCACUGGUCCUGCUUUAGAAGUCAGGCUCCAGUCAACCUUUUUCGGGAAUUUUAACUUGCUCCUUAGUGCUUGAAGUCCAGUAGGAUAUUAAACCGUGUACCUGGUCUGUCUGAGUUAGUUUACUCUGGCACUGAGUGGGGUUGCCGAUAAUGCCCCAGCUGUUUCACUUCCCUGCAGAUGCUGGCUGGCCGCUCUUGAUGCGACCACUCAAGCCACCGCGGACCGCUGCGCUCCGCUAUGGUUCCACUUGUACUCCAUUUUCCUUCAAUCCUCCGGUCCUGGAAAUCCCUCUGCUGAUGAGUCUGGGAAGCAGGAGGAGCGCUGCGAAGCCCUGCUGGAGUUGAUGGAAAACGGAC